AUACUAGCAUUAGGGCUAUAAAGGCUUUUUUAGAGCACAGUGCUUGUUGAUUUGUACAUGUGGUUCCAAAGCGUGAAGUUAGUGCUUCUCUCUCUCCGGCAGGGACUCUCAUGAUACACAAAGGUCUGUGCUCGAUCAGCGUUCACAGGAGGUUUUUAAAUCUGGAAUAUAUCUAUCAUCAUAGACCUUUUACUGUGGAUAUAUUGCUAUAAUUUUUGUAGUUACCAAUCAUCCCCAAAUUUGAGGAGGACAAAGCAGCAUCGCCAGGUAGCAACCAAGAGGGCGCCAGCACAUCUGCAAUCAUGGAGGGAGCCGCUGCCGAGCCGGAAGUAUACACCAACGGGACCGACACCCUGGACGUCGCGGAGCACGACGACAUCUUCGACGUAAACGGGAGCGCGGAGAUCACGCAGACGGACGAUGAGUUUGAGAACAACGAGCGGAUGAUGGAAGAAGAGGAUGCAAUUACAAAGAAAGAAUUUGCCGAGGUGGAAGAUAUUUUUCAGAACGACAAUCAUGUGAUUGACACCAAUGUUAUUGAAAAUGAAAAGGUGAGCAAAGCGAAAGAAGAAGUGGAAGAUAUUUUUGGAGAUGACCUCCACGUUGAAGAGGAGGAGGAGGAGGAGGAGGAGGAGGAGCACGAUUAUGAACCUAUAUUUACGGCAGACGCAAGAGAAGAAGAACCUGUCAUAAAAAUCACAGAUGUAGAUGCAGAGAGGUCAAAUCCUGAGGUCACCUUGGAACCUGAGGGGACUUUGGACAAUGAGGCGGAUACGUCUGAGCUGGAUUUACCCUUUCCUGAUAUGCCCAGGAAAAGUGAUAUUUCCCUCAACUGGGAGGAAGUAGUGGAGGAGGAGCAGAAGAAGAAGCAGGACUCGGCUCCCACCCCACCACCCACAGACAUUGAUGCCCCUUCUUCCCUUGCUGCAGGGCAGGAAGAAGAAAUAGACGAGGGUGAAGUGGCCAAAUUCGUCGAGAAGAUCUUGAUCAGUUCAAUGAAUGAAGUGUCUAGCCAAGCGGAGGAGCAGGAAAGUGAAAGUCAAAUUGAAAAUGUUGUGGAGGUUCAAGUGAGUGAGCCCGCAUUCGAAGCCCCUGAGACAACAGUUGAGUCAGACAAUGUUCUGUCCCUGGAGAUGGGGCCGGAGAAGGUUGAUGUUGUUGUCGAUGAGCCAGCUGAAAAAGAGGACUACUCAGUCAGCAUCAAAGCUCCGGCCAGUGAACAUGCUGACAUCAAUGGACUUGCAAAAGAUCAUAAUGGUGACGAUAGAGAAGUAGGAAUCCACACUGCUGUUCCUGUGGGUGUAGUGGAGGUAGCAGCGGAAGUGGAGGAUGUCGUUAAAGACAGUCAAGCAACAGAUAAUACGGACAGUCCAGCUGCAAGUUUUAAGGACACUCAAGGUGCAGAUUUUAAGUACAGUCCUGCUGUAGAGGCAUCAGCAACAUUUGAUAAGACUGAAGAGCCCAGGAAAACACCCGACUACAAUAUUUCUGUAGAGAGCAAACCAGAGGUCGAUGUCACCAAGAGCAUGGAGUCGAGCGAGGGUCGACAACGCAAGAUGUCUGUUCCCAGACCAAGGGAUGUCAGGAAAGACCUCUCACAAGCCCGUCCAAGCUUCUUUGGCUCCAACACUUCAGGUCCAAAGCCCUUCAUGUCCAAUACCCUACCUAGGGUGAGUGUCCUUCCAAAGAUCAGCACAUCAUACCAACGCAAGUCACCCACAUCACCCAUGUCUCUAUCUGGAGAUUACUCCAGCUUUAACAAGGGUGCAGAAGAGCUUCCUACAGUGGCUGGACCAGAUUUGAGUAAGGACGACAGUCCAGUCAUCAAUGAACUGGGUACCAUUGAGCUUCCUCUUAUUGAAACACUGUCCAAACCAUCAUCGCCGAAAGCAGCAACUGCGUCAAUAGACAUGGUAGAUCAUGACUAUGUUGUCCCAUCGGAGGAGACCAAGGUAGAGUCUGGUCCCAUGGCACCUGUCUAUGCUCACAAAGGUGUCGGAAAAGAUCCUAUCGUCUUGGAUGGCACAACUCCUGAAGAAAUCGAAUCCAUGUUUGCCAAAGACCCAGAGGAGGAGGAGCCCAAAAAGAAGAGCAUGGGGAAGGACGAUGUCCUGGCAUCAACACGAGUAAGGAAGGUCUCCAGACAAACAUGGAAGGGCCAAGUUGAGUUCCAGAAGUCAGUGGACAAGUCUUCCGUUGUCCUUGAUCAGUCGCAGGCUGCCAGCUUAAAGAGAUAUGAGGAACGAAAGAAGAAUAGAUUUGAUACUUUUUCAGGAAAGUACAGAGCUCGUGAGGACUCUACGUCAGAGGCUGAAUCUGAAGGAAGCCAGUCAUCGCAGAGUGGACCCAAAAUGCCAGAUGUUGUCCAGUCGGGAGGAAAGAUCUCUAGUCAUGCCCAUCCAGAUUCAGAAAUAGUAGCGCCCAAGCUGAACAUGAAAUCUGUUCGCUCUCUCUGGGAGCAGAAGGCUGCUGAAGUAGAGCAACGCAGACGUUCCCUACAGACCAAGAGUCGGCCAGUGUCCCAAGGAGAGAGGGCUAGACCAUCCCACUCAAAGGGUAUCAACAAGUCUGUUGAUGGCCUAGACAACCUAGAUGACAGCAUUGAAGGCAGCACAACUUACUCCUACGAUGGAACAUCCGAUGAUGGUUCUACCAAGAGGGAAAGUUUGAUCGAGAGGGACAUUCGCCUACAGAAAGAACGUACCCUGGAGAUUUCAAAAGAAAGGGAUCGUCUGCGAUCGGAAUCCACCUCCUCAAGAGAUGAGAGUCAGCAGUCGGAGACGUCAGAGAGUCAGGAUGACCAGCUUGUGGACAUUGUCCGCGAUACCGAGCUGAGAAGAGACUCGGACGAUGGGAGAUCGUCACCAAGUCAGAGCAGUGGGUAUACGUCGGGUCGUUCCACACCGUCGACCCCCGCUGGGGAUGACAUCCUGAAGGUCAAGACUGGAAAGUCCUUGGGAAAGACACCCGAGCUGAAGAUGUCGCUGUCACCCACUGACCCAGAGGCCAGCUCGAUCAACUACAAGGAGUACCAGAAGGCACUCAAGGGAUCCAAGGCUGAUGGGAAGUUCUCCAAAAGCGCUACCUUCCCAAGAAGAAUGGAAAACUAUGACAAACAGGCCGAGUCUUCAGGUGUCUCGCCGACAAACAGCGUAGGAGACGUCCCUGAUGUGAUCAUGGUGGACGGUAACAAGACGACCUCACCGACGGGAGACAAACCCAGGAAGGCCAGCAUCGUCCAGCAGGGAAUCAAACUCUCACAGAAUCUGGAGAAGAAGAAGAUUGUAAAACUAGAGAAGAAACCAAGACGCUCGUUGAUGGAGCUGGAGAUUGCAGCUCAGCGUGAGAAGGAGGAGGCGUUCCGCAAAGAGCAAAAAACCCGGAAGAUGAGCACUUCCAAGUCCGUCGGCGACGAGGCCCAGCCCGACUCCUCCCCCGCGUCAUCGACCACCUCUUCGCCCAAUUCGUCGCCCAGGAAAACUUCAACAUCAGUAUCAGGUUCCUCAGCCAAGCAGGUUUAUAAGGAUCUGAAUUACGCUCCCCAUACGAACAAGAAGAAGCUGGCCCUCGCUGGGCAUUGGGAACACAAGUGGAAGUGAAUUAUUCUGCGCAUCGUUAUGUCACUGUAACAGUAACGCUACACGAGGGGGCUAUUCGUGCUAUAUCACUUCAAAUGUGUGCUCCACCCGCUUGUGAGAGGCAUUAGCUGUCCUUUAAAAAAAAAA